UUGAGAAAAUAAAAAGUUAUAAAAUACAGGAAGGGAAAAUAUUUUUAGGGUUUUAUCUUUUCAGAAAACAAAAAACAGAAGGAAGCUGCGGCCGUCAAUAUGGUUCUCAAGACUGAGCUAUGCAGAUUCAGUGGCCAGAAAAUUUACCCUGGAAGGGGUAUUCGGUUCAUUCGAUCCGAUUCACAGGUUUUCUUGUUUGCGAACUCGAAGUGUAAGAGGUACUUCCAUAAUAAGUUGAAGCCUUCAAAGCUCACAUGGACUGCUAUGUACCGGAAGCAGCAUAAGAAGGAUAUUGCUCAAGAGACUGCCAAGAAGAGGCGCCGUGCAACCAAGAAGCCUUAUUCCAGGGCUAUUGUUGGAGCCACCUUGGAAGUUAUUCAGAAGAAGAGAAGUGAGAAGCCUGAAGUUCGUGAUGCAGCUAGGGAGGCAGCUCUGCGUGAAAUCAAGGAAAGAAUUAAGAAAACCAAGGAUGAAAAGAAAGCAAAGAAGGCAGAGGUUGCAUCGAAACAAAAGACCCAAGGCAAGGCUGGAAAUGCGCCUAAAGCUAAGGGACCUAAGCUUGGAGGUGGUGGUGGGAAGCGUUGAAGUUCCAUAACUGUACUACUUCCUUACUAGAUACCAUAUGUUAGCCGAGAUUUCGAAUAUUUUGCUUUUGUUGAUUUUGGUUUCGUUGAAGCUAGCCUGUGUUUCAGUUGUUUCUGACCAUUUACGUUAUUUGUUUAAUGAAAUUGGAGUUAUAUGAA